GGUAUCAUAAGAAAUGAUUCAAUCUUCGACAAGAGAGUGUUCAAGAAGAUUCGUGAACAAAUGGGAGGGAAUAUUCGCUUUAUGACUAUUGGCUCAGCACCUAUCGCUCCAGAUGUGCUCAGCUUCGCUCGUGCAGCUAUGGGCUUGAUGCGUAGUUUUUUGAAAGCAAUUUCAGGGCAAACUGAAUGCGCAGCCGUCGGUACAGUUACUCUUGAGACCGAUAUGACACCAGGUCAUGUCGGAAUACCGUCGUUAUGUUGCGCAAUCAAACUUAUCGAUGUUCCUGAAUUGAACUACUAUGCUGCAGAUGAUGUAGGAGAGAUCUGUAUCCGAGGCUACAACGUUUUCAAAGGGUAUUACAAGAACGACGAGAUGACCAAAGAGACACUUGACGAGGACGGUUGGUUACAUUCGGGUGAUAUUGGCAAAUGGACCGAACACGGCACACUGAAAGUCAUCGAUCGAAAGAAACACAUCUUCAAACUACAACAGGGUGAAUAUAUUGCACCAGAGAAGAUUGAGAAUGUUUAUGAGCAUUCCAAAUACGUGAUGCAAAUAUUCGUUUACGGCGAAAGCUUGAAAACGUGUCUUAUAGCGAUUGUUGUUCCUGAACAAAAGAUGUUAGAGAAGGCUGCUGCUGACCAUUUAGGUAUGCAAAAUCCAUCGUUGAAAGAAUUGUGCUCAAAUGAAGCACUUAAGAAGCUCAUUCUGGAGGAUCUGAUCGAUAUCGGCAAGAAAGGAGGAUUGCAAUCUUUUGAACAGGUGAAAGACAUCUAUGUAUCGCAAGAGCAAUUCACAAUCGAGAACGAUAUGCUAACACCAACGCUGAAAGGGAAACGUCCGAAUAUCAAGAAACACUUUGCGGCGCAAAUUGAUGCAAUGUAUUCAAAAUUGAAAUAG